GCAAACAUGAUGUUAUGAAGCAAUCGAAAUCCUUCGGGACGAAGGGAAAUAGUUUCACCAAUUUCAGUCUCUGCUUGGUGCGGAUUGGCUUUUCUAGAACGAUGGCAGACAAGAAACAACUGUGUAGAAUUUGUGGCAAUGAGGUGUUCGCUGAAAGCAUUCAAAUAGAUUCGUAUGUAGAAAGUGUGUCCCUAGUUCAAAUGCUUAGUUACUGCACCAGCACGAUUAUUGAAUCAAAUGAUAGAGCGCCAAAUGCUUUGUGCAACACAUGCAGAGAUGAUCUUGUGAUUGCCUACAAAUUGAUUGUACUGUAUCACAAAACCUCGAAACGUUGGCAAACAUUGAACACCCGAAGUAGUAUCGAUUGUGCAGUGGAACAAAUCGAUGUUACUACUGCUCAAGCAAAGGAUGGUAGCCCCGUAUCAGUAAAUCCAUCCCUGGUCCCAGAUCCGAUUGCAGCAACGGAUAAAAGCGAAACACUCCAGAAUAGAAAUUUAAAAAAUGCAAUUUUAGACGGCCACCCAAAGACGGUCGAUCGCUGUACAACGUGUUCCACAUGUGGGGAAAAAUUCAACAACACAUCGGAACUGAAGAACCACCGUAGUUUUGCAUGUGGUAUGGAUGAGUUAAUCUUGAAACGCUUGACCAACGAACGGGUCAAAUGUUGCGGAUGCAAUGCUGAAUUCGAUAACUUAGACCAUCUCAGGGAUCACUCAAAUGCGGUCCAUAAACUGGAUCUUGAUGACGCUUCCAAGGAUCCUCUGGACUGGAAACAUGUCGUAUGCAAUAUUUGCUACCGGCGAUACAAAUCUCGGAGCAUAUUGCUCGACCACAAGCAGCGUCCCUAUCGUACGAAGGACCACCAGUGUGUCCACUGCGGAAAAGCUUUCCGCGAUCGGUACACGCUAGACGAUCACGAACGCGUCCACCGAGACGAUCGUCCGUUCGUCUGCGGCAUCUGCUCGAAAACGUUUGCCCUGAAGGAAUCCUAUCGCAAGCACCUUCGGUUGCACACGUUCGACACGGAUCGCUUCAAGUGCGACGUUUGCGGAAAAGGAUUCCGUACAAACGGUAACCUAACAGAGCACCAGGUAACGCACACGAGACAAAAAUCACUGCAAUGCUCCCGGUGCCCAAGCCGGUUUAGUCGUAAAAGUUGCCUCAAGUCACACAUGCGCUUACAUACGGGUGAAAAACCGUACAACUGUGACCUUUGCGAAGCGAAAUUCACAUUCUCCAGCGAUCUCCGGCGUCAUGUGAUGGCCCACAAUGGCGUUAAACCGUUCGCAUGUGAUUUAUGCAACAAGGCUUACCCUAGGAAGGAUUACUUAGCUAAACAUAAAGCUUCUCACCAUCAAAUGGUAAAUAUAAGGUCCCCAACUUAGGAUGAGGAUCCCGGACUCAUGCCCCACCAAGAAGGUGCUCACCAGCGACCCGCCCGGCACGAGACGACGAGGAGCUCAGCGAGCUCGGUGGAUGGACCAAGUGGAGCAGAACCUGCGAGACA